CCAAACAUGAAGGAAGUGGUUAAGGCCGAGGUUCUUAAACUAUUGGACGUAGGCAUCAUAUACCCUAUAUCUGAUAGUCAAUGGGAUGCUUCGUACGAAUGGACUGAGCAAUGCCAAGAAGCUUUCACCAAGCUUAAGGGCACGUUAACCACUGCACCUAUCAUGCAGCCACCCGACUGGAGCCUUCCUUUUGAGCUUAUGUGCGACGCUUCUGAUUAUGCUCUUGGAGCGAUUUUAGGCCAGAGAAAAGAUAAGAGACCCUACGUCAUCCAUUACGCGAAAUUUGAUUUGGAAAUUAAAGAUAAAAAGGGAGUAGAAAACAUUGUGGCCGAUCACCUUUCUCGCCUUAAUACCUCUGAUUCCCUUGAGAGGACCCAUAUCAACAACAUGUUCCCUGAUGAACAACUGUUUAGAGUCUCUCAUUCACCUUGGUUCGCUGAUAUUGCUAAUUAUCUUGCUACAGGUGCCAUACCGACACAAUGGACUGUGCAAGAUAAGAAGAAAUUCUUCACCGAGGUGCGCAACUUUUUCUGGGAUGAUCCUUAUUUAUUUAAAUAUUGCCUAGACCAAAUCCUAAGGAGAUGUGUACCAGACGAUGAGCAUCAGAGCGUCAUCUCCUUCUGUCACUCACAGGCCUUCGCCGUGGAUUAUGUCACUAAAUGGGUUGAAGCGAUUCCGUGUCGAACUAAUGACCAUCGCACGGUCAUUAAAUUCCUAAAAGAAAACAUCCUUUCUCGAUUCGGAACGCCUCGAGCCAUCAUUAGUGAUGGGGGCUCACACUUUUGUAAUAAACCAUUUGAGAGCUUAAUGAAGAAAUACAGUAUCUCUCAUAGGGUGAGCACCCCGUACCACCCACAGACAAGU